AUGUGGGAGAUCAACCGCAGUGUGUGUGCAAACACAGCUCUCAUGGAAUUUUCAUUAUCAAACUUUACAGAUAGAAUCAUCUCAGCAGCAUACGCUUUAAGGAGUAUAACCGUCGUGACGGUAUGCGCUCUGGCGGCGCUGGUGUCGGCGCAGGUGACGUUCAGCCGCGACUGGUCGGGUGGGAAGCGGUCACCGCCUGCCAUGUUUGACUGUGGACAGUUCGCGCGACUUUGUCGUCAUUUUCUUCACGAAUUGAGGCAAGGUUUAUCAGAGGACAAGCUGAUCAAACACCGACGACAACCAGUGGAACCAGAGGACAUAGCCGUCACAUAUGAAGACGAAAAGUAAACGAAAUGAAAUCAAAUAACAAUCAUGA